GACGCCGUCCUUGUUUUGAUGACGCGGUCACGCACAGCGGCCAGCUAAUGGAGUCAGGCAGACACGCCAAUGCGAUUAUACGACUGGAAAACCGAGUCCGCUGCCGGUGUAGAGAGGAGUUGUGUUUACCUGAGAUAGUGUAUCUGUCGCAGAUAGAUGUUACCUGCACAGGGGGAUAGUUUGAUGCGUAACAAUCGGAUCAUUUGCAGCUGACUCGCCGUAUCAACACACAGGCCUGUGUAGCCUAGUUAGCUUUAGCUCCCUCAGCUAGCUAGCUAGCACUUUAAAGCUAACCACAGCUGCAGUGAAUCAACAGCCUUUUAAUGUUUUACUUGUAAAACAGCCCAUCUGCUCUGCCAACAAGACUGUUUUUUUUGCUUUUCUACGGUCAUGGCGGAAGAGGGUGCAGCGCCCAUGCAGCAGAAUCUGGACAGGAGCUGCUGGGUGUGCUUCGCUACAGACGAAGAUGACCGCACGGCGGAGUGGGUGCGCCCGUGUCGCUGCCGAGGCUCCACCAAGUGGGUCCACCAGGCCUGCCUGCAGCGCUGGGUGGACGAGAAGCAACGGGGCAACAGCACGGCACGCGUGGCCUGCCCACAAUGCAAUGCAGAAUACCUCAUCGUCUUUCCCAAACUGGGUCCCGUGGUUUACGUGCUGGACCUGGCCGACCGGCUCAUCUCCAAGGCCGGCCCCUUCGCCGCUGCCGGCAUCAUGGUGGGCUCCAUCUACUGGACUGCCGUCACCUACGGAGCCGUCACUGUCAUGCAGGUGGUGGGCCAUAAGGAGGGCCUGGACGUCAUGGAGCGGGCCGACCCUCUGUUCCUGCUCAUCGGCCUGCCCACCAUCCCUGUCAUGCUGAUCCUCGGCAAGAUGAUCCGCUGGGAGGACUACGUCCUGCGUCUGUGGAGGAAGUACUCCAACAAGCUGCAGAUCCUCAACAGCAUCUUUCCAGGGAUCGGCUGCCCAGUUCCUCGCAUCCCGGCAGAGGCCAGCCCCCUGGCGGACCACGUGUCGGCUACGCGGAUCCUGUGUGGCGCUCUGGUCUUCCCCACCAUCGCCACCAUCGUGGGGAAGCUCAUGUUCAGCAGCGUCAACUCCAACCUGCAGAGGACCAUCCUGGGAGGUAUUGCCUUUGUGGCCAUCAAGGGGGCGUUUAAGGUCUACUUCAAACAGCAGCAGUACCAGAGGCAAGCUCACCGCAAGAUCCUCAACUUCCCCGAGCAGGAGGAAGCCUGAGGAGGCUCCAUGGUCCUGACAGGGGGCCGGCCGGACCAACACACACCUCUGCAGGAGGAGGGGGGGGCCAUGAACCAUCAGACUCAAGAGCAGGAAGUGUUGGUGAAACAGUUGAAUCGGUGUCACACUUACCACCCUCUCCUCCCCACACCGCACCCGUUCUGGAGUGACUCACUGCACCAAUGGCAGACAUUCAUGCUAAGAUCCCCACCGCCAUCGCCGCCACCACACUUUGUUUUCAAACUCCCAGCGCUUUCGUGAGGUGAAGACUGAUGAGACUUGUGGACACAGACUGGAGCAUGCUUUGCAAUCAGAGUGCAGUUACACACACACACACACACACACACACACACACACACACACACACACACACACACACACACACACACACA